AUGAGUCAAUUUCAGGAGCGGAGAGUUUCCGCAGACGAAACCAAGUGGAAUGGCAUUGGCGAAGAUUUACAAUUGACCGCCGAUUUGCUGAUUGUCGCCAAUGGUGACUAUUUCGGAGUCCAAUGUGACCCCAGGGAGUUCCCAUUCCAAUCCUUCGCAAGGUGUGCCGAGGUCUUGAAGAAGGCCAAUAAGGAUGGCCGUUUCCCACCUGCGGUAGUAAGGUUCUACAGUGUCUCCUACAUAAAAGAAGACCCCUCCAGGCGUGCAUGGGUGCUGCCACAAAGCCCACUUUUACCAAACGAGCAGGCUAUCAUGAUGUCCCAUGAUUCAGUUUUUGAAGCGCUCAAUAGACAGCUUUCCGACGACAUGGCCAGGAGUGUCUAUUCACUGCUGGAUAAUGCGAUUGAAGUUCUGAAAAAGGAGUCAUUGUGCGAGGAGUUUAUCCUCUGGGGCAGCUGUGCGUUCCAAGCGGAGAACAGCUGCCAUAGGUCUCUAUAUUCAAAUCCGCGGGACUCCGAGAGGGGUGUGCGUAACGCACUUGAGGAGUUACUCUACCACCGCAUUACCCGCUGGAAAGUAAAUGAUAUGUCGUUUUCGCUCCUUUUACAACAGGUGGACCUGGCCGAUGCUUUAAAUAUCGGUGAAAUCUUUGGGCGAAAUAUUAUCAGCCGAAUCGAUUGGGGUCGUUUGAACCCGGUAAAAACGAAGCCGUUUGGUUAUUUCUGGGAUAUCCUACGCCUUCGCAGUGCCUUGAGGGGAGGAGAUUUGGCGCUUGCGAUUGAGUUGAUGUGGCAUAUACAUCCUAUGCAGUUAGGCCUGGAUUCUCCGGAGAUUGUUAUAUCAUCAUCCGACGAGUUUCUUAUCAAAGAUAAUUGGCGUAAGAUCCAUCUCAAAUAUUUCUUCCCAUGUCUAGUAGCAUUUGAUGCCCUGCCCCUUAACGAGUGCAGAGAGAUCACAGAAGCCGCGAAAACCAUUCUAGCGACUAUUGCCAGGUACGUACUUGGAUCACUUCAAAAGAUCCAAUCGUGCAGAUACGCAACGCUCCGGAUGACAUGGAAUAAACGCCCAGAUAUCUUGAUUAGACGCGUGCUGGAUAUGCUUGCAAUAUGUUUGUGCAAUAUGCAACAGUAUGCUGGAAACAAGAUCAGGCCGGGUCCAGAGAACGAGUUCCUAACGGGCAUUAUACAAGCAUGGAACUUUUGGUGCCAUAAAAAGACCAUCAAUGCGCAGGAAUCUGAGCUUGACAUCAACAAGUUCAUGGUCAUCUUUGCGGACGCGUUCAGUAGUUCGUACAGCGGCAUUGAAAUUUUGGCCCUGUACCAGAAAUCAAGUUUGCGACAGCCUUAUAGCAAAUUCCGAAUUAUGCGGACUACUUGGAAGGUAAAAAGGGGCCAAUUCCAAUCCCUUUCGUCGUUCAAUAAGCGUUCCAGCGAGCAGAAACAUCCUCAGGCAAAGGCGUUCAAGCACGAAAGGGUGGAGAGCGGGAACACUGAUGAUGGUGACCAAGCGGCGCUCACAAAGGCAGAGAUCAUAGCUGCGUCAAUGAUUCGGUCGUUCUGGAAGAAGUACUGGCCAAUAUUGGUGAAGAGGAGAGAAUUCGAGAAGACGGAUGAGGGAAUGGCCACAAAGGUGAUGGACGGCCUCUGCAAGACACUGCGAGAUACUGUUGACGAGGUAUUGCCGAAGAAAAGGUUGAGCCUCGACAACACGCUAUCGGAGUUGAUAGUGAAAAUGAAAGCAGAGGAUCUCAAGUGGAAUGAGAGAGAGAUGCUGGAUGAAAAUUACCAGAGUCUGCGCCAGUCGAGGGCAGAUAUGGUGGAUGUGAAGGCCCUUGUUUUGCACGAGGAGGUCGUGGCCUGCCCGGUGGAGGAGUUGAGAUACAGAUUGACCGAAGCAGAGGCCCUAGCGACGCAAAUAGAUAAAUCAGUGGGGGAUAUUAUGGGGGAGAUCACGAGGAUCGAGGAUCAAGUUGCCGGGAGAAGAGCUUCAGAUUCACUGAAAACACCCGGAGAGCAGGAGCGAUUGAAAUGA